AACUGUUGUGUAAUAUUUGUUAUACUUAACAAUAACCGAAAACGUUAUUUAUAGUUAUUGAUUUUUUUGUGUACACAUGAAAAUUUAAAUCUAUCGAUGAAAAAUCAAGAACUAUAAACAAUUGAGAUCUAAAUGAGGAUUAAAAUAUUUCAUGAAUUUAUUAUUCAAACAUUGUCGACGAUUCAUUAUUCAAUUUCACGACAGCUCAUUUUAACUUUAUAAUUUAGUUUUUGAUGAAGACAGUUAAUCGUGGCCUGCUGUUACUGCUCAUAAAUGCCACACUCUACGCCCUGGCCAGUUUGGGUUUUGCCAGGUCUGGCUUCAACACUUCACUACUGGCAACUUGGUUUGGACUUCUGGGCUCAAUUAUAGCUCUAACCAAACUAAUAACUGAACCCAAAUUCUAUAUUUUUCGUCACCGCAAAGAGAGAAAUCUUUACUUCUGUUUCUUAAAUGGUUUUAUUUUUGGGGGCGCCUCAUUUGGUCUGCAUUUCUGGUCUCUUCGAUUCAUUUUACCCUCCGAUUCUAUUCUAGUCAAUGCCUUCUUCUCUCUUUUCUCAUCAGUGGUGGUUGAAAUUAUCAAAGAGAAAAAGCGGCCGACUGUUCUGUCAAUCAUCUCAGUUCUGGCGGGAGUCAUCGGGACUGGACUCAUUUGCAACCCACAGGCUCUUCUCUCUCUGGAUAUCCUUGAACUGGACAGCCUCCUAGGAGUUGCUUUGGCUAUUCUGUCUGGAUUAUGUUUCGUCAUCAUGAUUUCCAGAGUCCGCAACUAUCAGCAAUAUCCACCCAGCUGGGCUCUUCUGGGAUACAUGUCUGGAACUACAAUAGCUGGACUCCUUACAUACAGACCCCUCUCAGAUUCAAUUCAAUGUUUAUAUUUUUUGAAACUAAUCGCAAUAGCUUCUAUGAUAUGCCAAUCAAUCGCAGCUUAUUGCAUGGUUCGCGGAACUUCCGACGUUACCGUAUCCGGAACAUUCGUGAUCCAAACAUCAUCUUCAGUCUUUACUUUUCUAGCUCAGAUCUUCCUGUUUCCAGAUCGAAUUACAAUUCUUUCUACUGCGGGAACUGCUUUCAUAGUCGCCUCGGUGCUGAUACAAGUUGUGGUUUUAAAAGUGAGAGAACGAAAUUUGAAGUCUAACUCGAGAUGUGAUAUCGAGAUAUCAUAGUAAGCUGUCGCAUUAUUCAAUUACUGUCAA